AUGGCCAUCCUGGGGGACAGCAUCGACAGGAUCAUGUCUGCUAUGGUUUUGUUAUCAAUCGGCAUCGCUUACUUUGGAUGCUCAGAGGUAGCUGCCAAAGUGUGUUACCUAGAUCAAGAACAAGACCGCCAGGGUAAACUCCGAUGGGUUAAACCAGCAGAGAGAGUCGACCGUUGCGCCUGUACGAGCCUCAGGCCUGGUGGUGUAAGCAUGAUGAGAUCACACCGCAACGAGGAACCAGAGUAUACCGAUAAUCCAAUGUUUACAGACGAUGUGGAAGAGAUUAAGGGAUAUUUUAACUGCCCAGAAGUUGAAAGCAUCUCUCCCAAUAUAACCUGCCCUCCUGCGAUCACUAAAAAGAUCACCAAAAAUGCUAAUGGCGUAUCAAUCUCAUGGAUGCUCCCUACUGCUACUGCAAACUCUGGAGUGCCACCUACAAUCACCCUGGUGUCAGGUUCACAACUUGGUAAUGGAUCAUUCUUUGCUAUCGGCAAAUACGUCAUCAUCUACGAAGCAACAGACGAAGCUGCAAACUCAGCAACAUGCAAACUUCAAAUUUCAGUUGAGGAUGCACGCAAACCCCGCAUUUCCGGAUGUCCUCGAGACAUAACUAAGACUAUACCCGAUGGGGUCAGCUCUGUGGCAGUUGAAUGGAAUGAGCCAACAGCAACAGACAACUCAGGGGUUCACCCUACUGUAGUCAAUGAGACACCAGACAAGGGUCCAAACUUCACCAAGGGAAUUCAUAUCAUCACUUACAGAGCCAAAGAUGAAGCUGGAAAUUCGCAGAUUUGUACUUUCAACAUAUACGUAGUAAAACGAGGUGUGUCUCUAAACGGUACAUCUGCACGGCAAAGCUCCAACUGGAAUAUGAUCGCAAGAGCAGCCAUUGAUGGUAGAAAUGAUACAUUCUCACACACAGCACGUAAUGAUCUACAUCCAUGGUGGAGAGUUGCUCUGAAUGGUGAACACUGUUUGGCCAGAAUCAACGUAACUCGCAGAAGGCACAUUGGUAACGACUAUUCAGAUCCUCGUUUUGUUGGUGUGGUGGCGCGUGCUGGGUUAAGCUCAAACUACACAGGUAACCGGCAGUGCGGGUCACCAGCUUCAGAUCAGCUAGUCACCAAUGGGGUGGUUCAAUUCCGGUGUGAUCCACCGUUGAGGGCGUCGUAUGUUCAUCUGUAUAAAGAUUCUACGAACCCUAACACUACGGAUGAAUACUUGGAGAUUGCUGAAAUCACAGUCGAAGAGUAUAGAGUAUCCAGUACGGAGUGUGUGAUGGUGCAUCAAGUUGAAGCGAUUCCACUAUUGUUGAAAGAUGUAUCUCAGAGUUCAAAUUAUAGUGAUCCACAUCGUGCGACGACAGCUAUAGAUGGAAAUGUACACACAUUCAUUCACACUGGUUAUAUGGACCCGCAUCCAUGGUGGGCAAUGGACAUGGUGGACGAACACUGUUUGGGGUUCAUUGAUGUGUCACUCAGAAUAGGAUAUGAUACCAUCAGGGCUGAUGUACGAGCUGGUUUAAAUUAUAACUUCACUGAAAACCAAGAGUGCGGCUCGCAAGUCACCAAGGCACAGUACGCAGAAAGGAGAGUCGUUGCCUUCAGAUGUGACCCACCGGUGUGGGCGAGGUAUAUCAGCAUAGAUCUACCCAAUCCCGGUCUGAAUGCUGUCGUUGUGGCCGAGGUAGCAGUGGAAGAGCUUAGCUAUUUGGAAUGUUCAAGUUACCAAGAUGUUCCUGUCUUGGGAAAAUCUGCAACACAGAGCGCCCAAACGACGUACCCAGCAGUCAACGCUAUAGAUGAAAGCCAGGAGAGCUUAUCGCAAAUACUAGACACUUUGGGCGGUGAUCUCCAGCUAUGGUGGCAAGUGGAUUUGACUGACACACACUGUUUGGGGCGUGUCAGCGUAGAGCUUGGAGCAUUUGGGAAUCGCUCGAGUGACGUCGUGUCACGUGUUGGAAUCAGUUCACGCUACAACACGCAGAACCAGCAAUGUGGCUCGAUAGUAACUGCAGAUCAAGUCUACGAUGGAGCGAUGAUAUCCUUUGUAUGUGAUCCGCCAUUAAGAGCUAGGUACGUCAGCUUGGAGAUGGACCUGAUGGACGACUCAGUUCUAAGCAUUGCUGAGGUGACUGUUGAAGAACACUCAACACCACAAUGCCCAUUGCCCGCUGGAAAUUAG